AUGCAGUCCAUCUUCCAAAAAGCAACGGGUAUCGGCCCGCAGGUCGUCAAACCUGAGAACCUGCAAGGCCGCGUCGCCAUCGUAACCGGUGGCGCCUUGGGUAUUGGCUAUGAAGUUAGUCGUGCUCUCGCCCACGCUGGCUGUAAAGUCAUUAUGGUGAACCGCAAAGAACAACAAGGCACAAGAGCUAUCGAAGCUGUCAUGAACGAGAAGCACGGCGCCGACAUUGACUGGAAAGAAUGUGACAUGGGUAACCUGUCUCAGAUUAAAGAAGUCUUUGGAGGUUUCCGCGAAUCUCUUGAUCGACUUGACUUUUUGGUACUCUCAGCCGGUAUCAACACCAAUCAGUUUGGUCUAGACUCUGAUGGAAUUGAGAGGCACUUUGGUGUCAACUUUCUUGGUCAUUUCUAUGUCUGCAAUCAGUUGUGGCCUCUAUUGAGAAAGACGAGCAAGAUGGACAACACGCCACCUCCUAGAGUUGUCUUUGAGGCCAGUGAGAUGCAUCGUCUUGCCCAGCUGUCAAAUGUACAAUUCAGGACAAAGGAAGAGAUCAAUGACCCGGAUCUAGAUCCAACUGCGCGAUACAACCGAACCAAGCUGGCUAUGAUCUUGUUUGCAAAAUACGGCUUGGCUGGCAAGGUCAUUGCCGAGAACAAAGACAAAAUCUAUGCUCUCUCUGUCCAUCCUGGAGCAGUCAACACUGCGAUGCAGCAGCAGUGGAAGGAUGCCUACCCGGGCCUUACAGGAAAGCUUCUUUCCUGGGCCAUGCUGGCUGUUGGUCGUGACGUCGAGCAGGGUUCUUACAGUGCCCUCUGGGCAUUGACUUCGUCUAAGAUUGAGGAGGAGGACUUAAACGGCUACUAUUUUGCUGACCCUGAUAAGGAAGGUCAAGAGACAAGUCAAGCUUCUAACCCUGAGUUGGCUAGUAAUCUUUGGGACCUCAGCACGAGUUUCAUCAAAGAAAAGCUUGGGGAUGAUGCUUUGGUGGAUUGGAAUAGCUCGUAG